AUGGAUUCAAGAAUUCUUAGUGUAAUACAUGAAAUUGAUCAUCUAGAAGAAGAUGAUGAAAAUGAAGAUGGAGAAGAAGAAGAAGAAGAACAAAUUACUAAUCAACAUAAUUCACAAACUAUUUCAUCAUCAUCAAAGAAAAACCAAUUAUAUUCGCAAUCUCCAUAUUCAUCAUCAUCAUCUAAUCCACCUGAUCGUAUAUUAAAUCAAAAAUUUCAUAUUGCUGCAUUAACUGGUAAUUUAAAUCUAUUGCAAGAACUUUUAACAAAAUCGCAUUUACCAAUUGAUUGUCGUGAUAAAGAAAAUUCAACAGCAUUAUUAUUAUCAUGUGCGCGUGGACAUUAUUCAUGUGUUGAUUAUCUUUUAAAAAAUGGUGCUGAUCCAAAUGCACGACGUAUAACAGGUGCAUCACCACUUUAUUUUGCUGCAUCAUAUCAUCAUACACGUAUUGUUGAAUUAUUAUUAAAUACACAUAAAGCUGUUGUUGAUUUAUCAACAUUUGAUGGUUCAACAUCAUUACAUGUUGCAUGUGAACGUGGUUUUACUGAUGUUGUACAAUUAUUAAUUAAUUCACAAGCAAAUAUAAAUGCAAAAAUGAAUGAUGGUACAACAGCAAUUAUGUUAGCAUGUCAAAAUGGACAUUUAUCACUUGUAGAUAUGCUUAUAGCAACUGGAAAAUGUAAUGUAUCAAUACAACGUUUAGAUGGUGUUACACCAUUAUUUCUUAUUGUUCAAUAUGGACAAGAAAAAAUAUUUAAUUAUUUUAUUGAUUUUAUUGAUAAUAUUAAAGAUACAAUUGAUUUAGCACGGGAAGAUGGUGCAACACCAUUAUUUAAAGCAUGUCAAAAAGGUUAUAAUUCAUUAGUUAAUAAAUUACUUAAAUUUAAACCUGAUCUUGGUAUACUUAGAAAUGGAGAAUCGUGUUUACAUGCUGCUACAAUGUUUAAUCAUGCUUCAAUUGUUCGUAGUCUUAUUGAUAAUGGUGCUAAUCCAUUAUUAAAUAAUUGGGAAGGUAUGACAGCUGUUGAUUUAGCUAAAGAAGCACAACUUAAAGAUAUACUUGAUAUAUUAAUGAAAUCAUUAGCAACAAAAUUAAGUGAACAUGGUCGACAAUAUUUAUUGCAUAAAAGUACACGACGAAGUGAUGCUGAUUUUAAUUUAGAAUUAAUUGAAAAUGAAGAUGAUGAUGAAUGGAAAUUAUAUAAAAGUUUAAAAUCAGCUGCUGAACUUGAACGUUUAGAAGAAGAAAUUGAACAAAUACCAAUUCUACCUAAUUUACCAGCAACAAAAGGAAAACAAACAAAUACAAGACAACAAAUAUUAUCUAAUAAACCACAUCGUUAUCAUUCAAGACCACUUUCAUAA